AUGGCAAAGACUCAGGCUUACUUUGUGCAGUUUUGGACUCCGGUUCUUCAGUAUUUCAUGGGGCUCUAUCACCGCCUCCAGAAAUGCUGGAGUGUCGUUAAGGGCUUCUGCACUAACAAGGAGGAGGAAUACAUCCCUCCAGCUGAGAGUAUUUUUCAUAAAGAAAAAAUUCUGAUGCUUGGCAAUAUUUUGACAGAUAAUUCUCUAGCCCUUGAACAGAGAGCUCAAGCUGCCUAUAGAAUCGGACUGUUGGCCUUUACAGGAGGACCCACUGCUGGAAAUUUUGCAGCUGAGUACAUGAAAGAAGUAGCUCACUUGUUGCAAAAUUACGAGAUGGUACCAAAAAUAAAGAUCCUGCUGCUCCAGAGUGUCGCAUCUUGGUGUUACUUAAACCCUGUCAACCAGAGAAGAGCCAAACAUUUGCAGUUUAUUCCUAUCCUCAUUAAUCUUUUUGAUGACACAUCUGAGUCUCCUAUGAAAAGUGAAACAAACAGCAGCCUCCUGGUUAAAUUUUGGGGUUGCUAUGUUCUCUCUGUCAUGACAUGCAAUAACUUGCCUUGUAUGCAGGAGCUUAAACACUACAGUUCUCUGAAAUAUCACUUGCAAAUACUGGCCAGUGAGAACUGGUCUGGAUGGCCCGAAAAUUUUGCAGAGGUGCUAUAUUUCCUCAUUGGUUUUCACAGGCAUUAAUUCCUCUAAAUUCAGCUACCUGAUGCCACUGUCUGCACCCCACUGUAUUACCCUGGAAAACUGAAAUAAAUAAGAGCUGAUAACAUGAUUCUUCAGCAUUUUCUUUUAGGUGGUUGAAAAACUGUAUAUUCAACAUUACUGUAAUUAACCGAACUUAUGAAAAGCGCCCCUGUUGAAAUAACCUUAUAAAAAUUGUUUAUAAAAUGAGAAUUCACUUAGCUAUGUAACUGUUAGAAGCAGUGGUGUGUUUUGGGGAGGGUUAUUGACGACAUUUAGCUAAGGCACCCAGGAAUGCCAAACCCAAACCCAACUCACAGCCACAACGGAUGCUAGUGGAUGUAGAUGGAUGCUGUUGAUCUAUAGUGGAUGCUGUCGCCCUACUCAUACGCAUCCUUGCGUUUCAGUGCCAGCCUUCAAGGUGCCACAUCCUUGGCUGAGGCCUUGUUUGGCUUUCAGAUAUGAUCUUACUGCACAUCAGGCUCACCAGGAGUUCAGGGGAACUCUCACUUCCUGGGAGCAGUGCUCACCUC